AUGAAAAGCCUAUUUCUGCUGGCAUGCUUCCUUGUUGUUGCAGGAGCUCUGGUACCAGAUUCCACGAGCACAAGCGAAACGACCGUGGCGGACACUGGUUCAACCGUUUCUGCAGAUGCGGCUGUUACAACAACGGCUCCUGUGACAACUGGAGCUGUAACCACAGCCGCUGGCCCUUGUGUCGAUAAUGACCCAAAAAAUUGCCCGACUUGGGUGGCAAACGGCUUUUGCACGAGUCCUGGCUACACAGAUGACCAAAAGAAACAGUUCUGUGCGAAGAGUUGCAAUCUGUGCGAUGGAUGCAAAGAUGCUAAUGCAAAUUGCCCAACGUGGGUUUCAAACGGUUUCUGCACAAAUCCAGCGUACACCGAUGAUCAGAAGAAACAAUAUUGUGCAAGCAGCUGCAACAUGUGCGGAGGAGCGGCUACAGGAGCGACCAAUUGUGUUGACGCGUCGACAAGCUGUCCAACGUGGGUGUCAAACGGUUUCUGCAACAACCCACAGUACACAGAUAGCGACAAAAAGAAAUACUGUGCAAAGAGCUGCAGUCUUUGC